GCUCUUGCCUCCUCUCCACAUCCACCCCGCACAUCUGCUCACACACAGCGUCCGGCAUUGCACCGUCGUCGCAGCUGAGCGCCGUGCGAUCCGUCUGCGCCUCGGCCGCCGCCGCAUGGAGCUCUCGCUCUCGGCUGCGCACCUCCACACCCGGGCCGCACGCAGCCCCGCUCACGCUGCUGGCGACGCGGCCGGCCGCAGCGCCAUGGCCGAGUCCAGCUCGCCAAGGACACACACUGCUCCCUCUGCGCCGUCGCUGCAGCCAGCGUCCUCACAUCCGCUAGGCUCAGGCAGCCGGGCCGGGAGCAGCGCCGGCGACUCGGGCCUCGCUCCGCCAGGCGGCGAGUCGCGCGCACCGCUCUCGCUCGACCUCUCGCACCUGCUCGCAGCCUCUGAGCCUCCUGCCGCAAGCCACAGCGCGCCCAGAAUUCCUGGCGCUGCAGCUCCAGCAGGUGCUGCGCAGCCAGCAGAGCCGCCCGCCUUACCCGCACAGCUGCCGGGCGACGAGAAUGAGGCGCUGCGGGUGCGCGGCAACAUGCUGCGCCAGUCGUGGGAGGCCGUCAAGGAGCUGGGCAACGGGCGCAAGUCUGUGUUGAUUAUCCGCGCUGCCCUCGCACUCGCGCAGAUCGUUCUCGGCAUCGUAGUCGUAGCCAUGCCUGAUUCGCUGGGCAACUCUGUUGGCAGAGACGGCGGCAUCUGCGAUCCAGAAGGCAUGUUCGUCUUCAUCCUGCUGCACACGCUGCGCGUCCUCGCAUCGCUGCCGCUCGACAUGUACCUCUCACUCUCUCCGCACCGCACGCCGCAAGCACGGCGACAGCGCAGUGCCGAAGCGCGACUGGAGCGGGAGCGCAACCGGCGUGUCGGCACAGAGCAGCUGGACGCCAAGGCGGCGCGCCUCUCCGACCUGCUCGGCUUCGUCCACUGCAUCCUCUUCGUCGUGGGCAACUACACGGUCUGGACGUCGCUCGAAUGCGCGCGCCGUCCGGCGGACAGUGUGCCGCUCUGGUGGGCCAGUCUGGCCAUGAUCGCCAUCUCGUAUGUCAUCAUCGUCGAGGUCGCGCUGCUCGUCUGGCUGGUCGUCUUCUUCUUGCCGCUGCUCCUCGUGGUGCUGCGCGCUCUCGGGCUCAGCGAUCGUCUGCCAGUGGCAGGCAUCCGGCCCGAGACGAGCAAGAUCGAGCAGUCGGAGAUCGACAAGGCGACGCAGCUGGUGCACUUCACCCCCGCCGAGGCGCCCAUCGUGCCGGCGGCACCGCGCUCGAGCGGCGAGAUCUUGCGCAGCACGAUCGAGGAGCCACCAGCGGCGCCGAGCGACGUCGAUGUCGUGGCCAUUCACAUGCCGCUGCCGCUCUCGCGUGCACAGAGCGUCGCGACAAAUGCGGAAGCGCAGGCAUCGAGUGCGGCAGUCACGCCCACGCCGACCAAGCCCGCUCGCGCACGAGGUGGUGGUCUGGCCCGUCUCUUUGGCCGGCGUCGAGCCGCACGGCAGGCCGCAGGUGUCACACAAGCCGACAGCGAGGCUGGCGCAUCUGCAGGAGCGUUCAAGUACCCACUAUACCCCAUCGAGGCGCACCGCGCCACCUGCCCGAUCUGUCUUACCGACUACGAGCCGCCGGACGCCGGCGCGCCCGAGACGGCCGAGGUGCUGCGCAGGAUGCCGUGCGGCCACGUGCUGCACAAGGAGUGCGUCGAUCCGUGGCUGAGCAGCGUCAGCGGCCGCUGUCCCGUCUGUCAGGAGCCGCUUGUGCGCGCCACGGCGGCGCCGCCGCCCGCGCAAGGACCCGACGCGGCCUGA